CUGUGGUCUACGAAUCCAGAUCCAUUCUCACAGGGUGAGAGAGAAGGGAAGAGAGGUCAUGCGUGUGUACCAUUUACAUGAAGCAGAGGGUGUCACAUUUCUAGCAUCUGAGUCAAGAUGAACAAUUACAGAAAGCAGAUGGCAGAGCAGUUCCUGAGUCAGGCCCUGGGCAUCAUCUGCUUGCUGACCGGAGAGGAAUAUGUAAUUAUGAAAAAGAGGCCCUCCCAAAGCAGCGUUCACCGGCAGAGCAGAGAGGUGCCUAUAAAGUGUGAUGAUGUUGCUGUGUAUUUCUCUAUGGAGGAGUGGGAGUAUAUAGAGGGACACAAGGAGCUUUACAAGGACGUCCUGAUGGAGACUCACCAAGCACUAAGGACUAUGGAGAGCCCAGGGAAUGAGAGCUCAGAACUAACAGGUCACAGUGAUGAAAAUCUAUACACAGGAGCUGCAGAACUGGUACAGAAUAUUCAGCCAGUGGAGACCCCAUCAGACGUCUCUGCGGAACUAACAGGUCACAGUGAUGAAAAUCUAGACACAGGAUCACAUGGAGACCUUGUACAUAAUAUUCAGCCAUCAGAUGUCUAUACAGAUGAUAUUAAUACUGACGUAGAUGUUAAAACAGGAGAUCUGAGUGUAACGUGUCAGCUGGAAGCUCCAAUGCAAGAAAUGUGUUACAGUAACAAUGAAGGUAAAUGCAUGUGUGUGACGUGUCUUCUGUUUAUGGGAUAUUGCCUGGUUUUUAUAGCUUAUUGUCUAUAACUACUGUACAUUAUAUCACCAAUCAGGAUACACCGAUAUCACUUUAUAGGAGCAUAAAAUAAAUCUCACAGCGCUA